AUGUACCGGUCCACGAAGGGCGCCUCGAAGGCACGGCGGGACCAAAUCAAUGCCGAGAUCAGGAAUCUUAAAGACCUGUUGCCCAUCGCAGAAGGGGAUAAACUCCGGCUGUCCUACCUGCACAUCAUGUCCUUGGCGUGCAUCUACACUCGGAAAUCCAUCUUCUUCUCCAAAGGUGCGACUCUGGAAGGCUUGGAGACCUUGCUGUCUUCCCAGGACCUGGAUGAUUUCAUACAGAGCCUGCCGGGCUUCCUGCUCGCUUUCACCGGAGAAGGCAAACUCAUCUAUGUGUCGGAGAAUGUCUCUGAGCACCUGGGGCACUCUAUGGUGGAUUUGGUGGCCCAAGGAGACAGCAUCUAUGACAUUAUUGAACCGGCAGAUCACUUUGUGAUGAGGAACCAGCUGGCACUGCCCUCUCCAACAGAUACCGACCGACUCUUCCGCUGCCAUUUCAACACCUCCAAGACGAUCCGGCGGCAAAGCGCAGGCAACAAGCUGGUCCUGAUCCGAGGGCAGUUCCACCAGCCCCCACCUGGCUCUUACUGGUCCACUAACCCAGUCUUCACGGCCUUCUGCACCCCUCUGGAUCCCAAGCCCAGAAGCACUCCCAACUCUUUCUUCUUGUCUUCUUUCGAGAGCCGUCACGCAAAAGACUUGGCCAUUGUGGACAUCUCUGAGAGUGUGGUUUUCCACUUGGGCUUUGAGAAAAGCGAACUCUUCCACAAGUCCUGGUACAGCCUCAUCCAUCCGGAAGAUCUCAGCCAUGCGUCAGCCCAGCAUUAUAAGCUGUUGGGUGACACGAGUGAAACCCGGGCUGAAAUGGUCGUCCGACUCCAAACCAAAGAUGCCACGAGCUGGAUAUGGAUAUAUUCGCUGCUCCACCUGGAGAAUGUUGACGUUCCCAUCACCUGCCACAACUAUAUCAUCAGUGACUCCGAAGCCUGGUGUCUUAAGCAGCAGCUUUCGGCAGAAGAAACCCAGGCGGCCUAUGCCCUCGGAAGUACGCCCGCUUUCCUGGAAGGCCUGCUCUCUCCGGGGCAGCUGUCCAGCCCCGACCAAGUCUUUACGCCCGUGGGCGGCACCCCAAGCGCCACCAUGGUCACGACGGCCUUCGAUUUCAGUGGCGUGGAAUGCCCUCCGGCGUUCACGGAGACCUCUGCCGCCGGUCUACCCCAGGAGGUGACGGAGCCCGGGAAUAUCUCCUCCAUGGAGGAGGCCGCUCCGGGCUCCACCCUCAGCCUUCUCGGCAAAGGCCCGGCCUUUGGUUACGUCAUCUUCCCGACGGGCUACGAACAGACUUUAAGGAGGGACAACCUGAGCACCUCCUCCUCUUCCUCCUCCAAGGACUUCAUCUGCACCCCUCCUUAUACGCCCCAUCAGGGUUCAGCCUUCCUGUUUGGGGCCCAGGAACUGUACGCUCCCAGCACCGCCCCUUCCGCCACACCCCCUGUGACGGCCGCCCCGACCGCCAGCGUCCCCCCCACUACCACCACCGUGACCACCACCUCCGAGCUGUUCUACACCCAAGAACAAUGCAGUGCUCUCUAUGAGAAGUUACCGCCUACCCCGGACAGCCCCGGUAAUGGGGAUUGUACCGUGAUGACCUUGCCGGAGAUCCGGGGGCCCCUCUACGUAGACGUGCCCAUGGUGCCUGAGGGGCUCCUGACUCCAGAGGCCUCGCCCAUCAAGCAGACCUUCUUCAGAUAUUCUGAAAAAGAGAAGAUCGAAAUCGAACUCUUGGCUCAGCAAAUCAGCAGCCUGGCCGAGGCCUUCAGCUCUGUGGCUUCCAGGGAGCUGGCCCGGAACGGCCCAGCGGCCCUCGACGGUCCUCCUGCCAAAGAUUGGAGGAGCAUCGACUUCUCACUGUCCUGCCCGGAGGCCGACAUCCUGGAAGACGAUGCUCUUGAGACCCUUCUCCAAGACCUGUCCGCCUCUCUGUUCGAGAGAGUCGGCGCGGGUGUGAGGUGCCCUCACCACCAGUUCUGCGGUGGGAAUGUCAGUAGUCCAGUCGGCUUGGACACCGAAGACCGGAGCCGGGGGGCCCUGGCUCCCUCGCCCAGGAUGGACCUGCCUCCAGAAGACCAAUGCCUUUUGGAAGAACUGGCCUCCUACGAAACAGCCUUUGAGACACGUGCCUCAAACUCUCCCUGUGACGGGUUAGAUGAGUUGUAUCAACUCCAGAGCCACAUACAAGAAGGCUUCCAUGAAGAUGGAAGCGAAAGUGACCCUUCGUUUUGA